AUGAGCAUAUCAACGGGAAGAACAACACGUGUCAUUGGAUGGUAUCACUCCCAUCCUCAUAUCACCGUCCUUCCUUCCCAUGUCGAUGUACGGACACAAGCAAUGUAUCAGCUUCUUGAUUCUGGUUUUAUUGGCCUCAUUUUCUCCUGUUUUAGUGAAGACGCUAACAAGGUUGGUAGAAUCCAAGUUAUCGCUUUCCAGUCCACUGAUGGGAACCCCAAUACUCCUCCUAAAUCAAUGAGCUUGGUUCUUGCAAAUAAAGACUCUGUCAUAGAGCUAGAAUCCUCUUUAAGUUCUUCAGACUCAAUAUACCAGAGUUCCUCUUCUGUUGGGGGACACAAUCCUGACCAAGACACAACUGACACAGCUUCAACUUCUUCAUCUAAGGGUGGGGGACGAGUUUCAGAUUUUGGGGCGUUCUUUGUUAACAAUGCUGCGUCCAACGCCACCGGGACGAGUGGAAACUACAACUCAGGCAAUGCCAGCAGCUCAGUUGUGGAAAUUGAUCCGAUGGAUAUGUCUGAAAGCAUGCAAGAGGCCAUGCUCCGUUCCAACUUGGAAACUAGUGGUGUGGGGUACGCUAGAAAAGAAGUCCCGCUUCAUGUUUUGCCAACUUCAUCACUUCUUCAGCUCAAUUCACCUUUAGCCUCUUAUAAAGAUCUGCAACGAGUGCUAUUUGAGGAGGAACGAGCAGCGUACCACCAAUCAGUCCAACAAAGCAUGAGAAAUGGGAAAGUCCAUCCCCUUGCUUUCAUUCACAACACAUCAACAUAUCAGGCUUCCAUGUGCAAGCUAAUCGAAUACUGCUUGAGUCCUGCGGUUAACGCACUUCAAGAUAGGCUGAGGGAAAACAAGAUCCGGUUAGCAAUGCUGAUGGAUGAAGCUGAGGCUCUGGGAGCACAGAAACUUAAAGGAGCAGAGACGAGUGGAGGACUAUCUCGUGUGGCUCAUGGUUCUGGCAGCCGAAGCAGAAGAGGAUCCUAG